AUGAGUGACACGUCGACCGAUUCCGCGACGCACGAGCCGUUGCGGGCCGUCAUCGCCGACGCCGCGGCCGCCGACGCGCAUUGGAGCGAGUCGCAGCACGAGCUGAUCAACGGCGUCGAAGAGACCCUCCGCCAGCUCGAGGAGCAGAUCGGCCGGAUCGCCGAGGGCGAGUCGGCCGAGGAGCAACGCCGCCACGAGGCGGACGCCCACCGCCGCCGGCUCGAGCACGACCUGAAGCUCGCGCGGACUCGGGUCCACGACCUCGAGGAAGCGCUGCAGCAGCGGACCGAGGAGCUGCUCAAGGCCCAGGCGGCGAACAACGCCUUAGCCGCCGAGCUGCAAGCCGCCGAGAUCGACCCGAGCGACGAAGUCGCCGAAUCGUCGGCGUCGCCGGCCGAGGAGCCGCACGGCGACGACGAGGCGAGCGUCACGGAGCGGUUCGCCAAGCUCCGCGGCGACAAGAUGUCGAUUGUUCCUUACGCAACCCCCGCGCGAGUCGAUCCGAAGAGUCCCAUGGUCGCCACGUCCGACAACCUGAUCCACACGGCUCACCCCGGCUCGCCGGCCGGAGCGGUCUGCCACGUGGUGUCGGCCGACGGCAGGGCGAUCCCCGAGCGGUCGCUCGAGGAGAUCGAGCGGCUGGACGACACGGUCUUCGCCGCGCUGGCCGGCGACCCCGGCGCGCUGGACGCGGCGGCCGUCGCCUGGCGGCAGGCGCACCAAGCGGUUGACCGUCGGUUGCUCGACGAGGCGCGGACGCACUACGUCCGUCGCGCCCGCAGCCGUUGGCGCCGGGCCCAACGCAAGCCGGAAGAGCGGAUCGCGCACGCGUUCGCGGCGCUCGAGAUCCUGGGCCUUUUCGGUGAGCGUCCCGAGGCGGCUUGA